UCCAAAAAAAAACCUAUCAACUCUGUAUGAAUUGAAUUUAUAAAAAAAUCAUCAUUUUAAAUAGAAAAAAAUAGCAGAAGAAAAAAUCAUCACCGAUUGUGGAGAGGAAAUCCUUGGUUCUGCCAGUUCAACAACCACUAUUUAAAUGAGUUGAAUGUUUAGCAUUCGAUUUGUUCGUCAGUAAAGUGAUUUGCUCAAAUAAAUAAAUAAAUAAAUAAUAUAAUAUCUACUAAUCAACUAAUCAACAAUUAAUAAUGACAAUCGAUUCGGAUAGAAAUAAUGGUGAUGGGAUAAGUAAAAAUAAAAUAUCAGCAACAAAUAUAUUGAUAAUUGUCAUCGAUAUAAUUGUUACAUUGUACACUUAUCUGACAUUACCCAUUUAUGUGUGGUGGCAGAAUCCAAAACAAACAUUGCAUAAAUCGGAACGAAUUCGUUCGAAAAAAAUCGAUGCCAACGAUAUUGAUUCGCCUUGGGUUGGCAUUCAUGACGAAGAUUCUAUAUUGAAUUGCACAUUCAUCAAUGAUAGCGAUUGUCAGACAUUGAACGAUUUUAUAGAAAAACAUUAUCAAUAUUUUCCAAAUGAAAAUCCCGUUAUCGGUUAUCGUCAUGUUUACUAUGAAUACCUUGAAGAUGACAAAGAUGGACGCAAAAUAAAGAAACGUAAGCUAUCGGAUCAUUAUCAAUGGAUUAAUUUUCGACAAAUAUACGAUCGUAUCACUAACAUUGCUCACGGUCUUCGGCUUUCCGGUAUUGAGCGUAAUGAGCCGGUGGUUAUUCUCUGCGAAACCUGUGCCGAAUUUCUUUUGAUGCAAUUUGCAAUAGCACGUGCCGGUUUGGUUCAGGUGAAUGUUUAUGCAACAUUGGGUGAAUCCGGUAUUGCACAUGCCAUCCGGGAAACCAAAGCACGUUAUAUGUUUACAUCAUGGGAUCUAUUGCCUAAAGUUCGUGCAACCAUAGCUAAUCAGAAAAUAAAUAUCGACAAAAUUAUCUAUCUUCGUCGUCGAGCGUUGAAAGUAUCGUCCGAAAUCCUGGAAAACGAAAAAGAUUACACCAAACCAAUCGGUCAAAUGGAUAUGAUUCCAUUCGAUCGAAUCGAAUUGAUGGGUCAAUGUCAUUUGGAUCGAAUCAAAUCAGGUGAUGAUGAAGAACAACUAUGUAAACCACUAGAUAAAGAUGAUAUUUCGCUAAUCGUAUUCACAUCAGGUAGUACGGGAAUACCGAAAGGUGUACAAUUGACAUCUGCGCAAGUGAUAAAAAGUAUCCCCACAGCAUUAUCUGCUGUACCGGAAUUGGUUGUGGAUGGUAGUAACCAUAUAUUGGCCAGUUUUUUGCCACAAGCACAUAUAUUCGAAGCCAUAGUGGAACUGACUUUAUUGGCAUUUGGUGGACGUAUUGGUUUCGCUAAUCCUUUGACAUUGGUUGAUGGUGCGCCCGGUCUUUCGCCGGAUAGUCGAUCGGAUCUAUCGAUAUUACGGCCAACAAUAAUGAUGGUUGCCCCAUUAGUUUUGAAAAGAGUUCAAGCACAAAUCUAUAAAAAAUUGGAAGCAAGAUCAUCCAUACAUGUUGCUUUAUUCGAUUAUCUGAUCAAUUAUAAAUUACGUUGGACGCAUAAAGGUUAUACGACACCAUUAUUGAAUGGAUUAAUAUGUUGCAAAAUACGUGAACUAUUCGGUGGGAAUCUAGCCAAAGUGAUUGCAGGUGGUGCACCAUUGUCACCGCGAUUGCAGGCAUUUUGUCGAAUGGCCAUGGAUACCAAUCUAGUACAAGGUUAUGGCAUGACCGAGACUUGUGGUCCAGUAUUAUGCAUGGAUCAAUAUGAUCUAUCAUAUGGCCGUAGUGGACCACCAUUACUGAAUAUUUAUGCCAAAUUGGAUGAUUGGACCGAAGGUGGAUAUCGACGGACAGAUUUUCCAUGUCCACGUGGUGAAUUAUUGAUAGGUUCGAAAACUCAUUGGAAUGGUUAUCUGAAUCUGGCCGAGGCUAGCCAAGAUGGCUAUGUAAAGGAUGACAAGAAUGGUAUACAUUAUGUACGUACCGGUGAUAUUGUUCAAGUACACUCGGAUGGAACCUUCGAAAUAAUAGACCGAAAAAAAGAUUUAGUCAAAUUGGCUAACGGGGAGUAUGUAUCAUUGGGCAAGAUUGAGUCGACGUUGAAGAAUUGUAAUUAUAUUGAUCAUAUCUGUGUUUUCGGUAAUGGAUUUGCCAAUCAUCUAGUCGGGUUAAUUGUGCCAAACAAGGAAAAAUUGAAUUCACUUGCAUUGAACGGGACAAGAUCGAUGAAACGACUGAAGGAAAUAAUUGGCAAAUUGAUGCAAGAAACUGGCUUAAAAUGUGGCCUUAAAUCGGUCGAAAUACCAGUGCAGAUUGAAAUUGUGAUGGAUGAGUGGACACCGGACAAUGAAAUGUUGACGGCGGCAAUGAAAUUGAAACGUAAUGCUAUCAAAAAGCGUUAUCAAAAUGUUAUAACAGAUAUGUUCAGCAGUAAUGCCAAUGAUUCACACGGCAGAUGAUUCAAUGAAUAGGCAUUGAAUUGAAUGAAUAUUCUAUCUAAUCUGUUUUUAUUGUCUAAUAUCUCUUUUCAAAAUGAACAAAUAAAUUUAUUUCACAACAAUG